GUGCCUCAACCAGGGCGGCGAGGGUCGACACGCCUCGGGGCCCGCGGCUUUGGUGGAGCGCGUCCUGGAUUUGUCACCUUGUUACUGUUGCUGCUGCUGGUGUGGCGACUGCUCCUCGCCCGCGAGUCCUUUGCAGGGCCGUGAGAGAGGAUGGAACCUGGUGCCAGGGGCAGGUCCCCUGUGUCCCGGCGCGUCGCACAGAAGCUCGGCGGCGACACCAUCGUCUGCAUCCCCUACCGUCCGCGGAAGGAUGCAGCCUACGUGCGGGAGACUGCAGCUGCCGACCGCGAGUCGGUAACAAGCGCCCGGCGUCAGCGCUCCGAGGCUGACCUCAAACAUCCGGCUGCCGCCGACGCCCUGUCCCUCUCCGGCACCACUCCACCGAGCAGUCCGAGGAUGGCCGGCUUCCCGGCCCGCUCCAAGUCCAUGACCCCGGAGUCGACCAAGGCCGGCCGCCCUCAGCUGGUCCUCGUUGACUCGCAAGGCAAGGUGGCGCUCAAGGACCGCGAUGACGCGUCCUACCGAAAGCACCACCGCGGCAUCGGGUCCAUCGACUCACUCCUGUCCUCCACCACCUGUGUCAACACGCAGUCCGAGUGCAGCCGCCCGGAGUCGAGCUUAUCCCGCGACAUCCACAUCGAAGCCGAGGAUGCUGACGGCGGCGCUCCCCUUGCCCUUCGCCUCGCGCCUAGGAAGCAGGCAAGCAGGACGCAGCUUGCGCCGCCAAGCACUGUUUGGUCGCCUCCCACCGUAGCUACCGGGGAGAGUGAGGACCAACAGAGUGAUGAGGAGGAGGCCAGGCUGGUCAAUGAGAUCUCAUCUUGGGUCCUGAGGAAUACGUUAGGCAAGGACGUGGAUGAUUGUCCCGCUCCGUUGCUGGUUUGGGACUGCACGAACCGCUACCUUCAGGAACUCCGGAGCGUAGCCCUUGAAGGGAAUCUCGGAUAUAUUCAAACGACUUCUGGUCACGGCACUCCAUCAUCCCGCUACGGUGGCACACCUGCUUCCGCCAACAAUGAUCAGCAGUCCUCGGGCCAGCAGGGCAAGGGAAAGAGGAAGGCAGAUGGGGAAGGUGACGAUGGCAGCGGACUGGGAGGCCGCGACAACCAGGGGAACGAUGACCGGGACGUGUCACCCGCCUCGCAAGCUUACAGCACCAAAGGAAGUGUCGUCACCAAUUUCAGCUGUCCCUACCGCAAACGCAACCCCCUACGAUUCAAUGUGCGAGAUCACUACGUCUGCGCAACACACUCGUUUGCCGACAUGUCACAACUCAAAAAGCACAUCCGUGCUCACCACCCCCCUGUGCAGAGGAACGCAGGUCCAUUCCUCUGUCCCCGAUGCUGUCAGGGUUUUUCAUCGAAAAAUGAGCUCGACUCGCAUCUGCGUCAGUUGGACGUAUGCCACAUCUCGUACGACAGCGGCGGCUCCGAUCCCGAAGACGGCAUUACCCAAAAGAUUAUUUCGUCCUUGGAGGCAAGGAGCCUCAAAGCCAAAAUCGACAACUGGGUCUCUCUGUGGAAGCUCCUUUUCCCAGCCGACCAGGUCAUUCCCGAUCCAGUGUUCGUCCCAGUCAUGGAGAUCUUUGAUUUCGUUGCCGAGUCCAAGAAGUUCCUGGGCACCUUGAAGGACCUACUCGAACUUCAAUACAGGCACGUUCUGGAAGGAGCAAAUCAAGUCAUGAAUGUCGACCUCAAGAUCCACCAGGGCCUUGAACGGAGCGCCAAGUCCAUCUACACCUGGAUCGAGACCGUGGUGCAGGAUUGGGAGCAGAGAAUAUCCGGGACCGUCUCGCUUUUUACGAGUUCGGCCAUCAGCCAGUCCGCCACGAGCGACAGUUGGGCUUCUACUCCUCAGCUUCCUCCAUCCCCUGCGCCAACACCCACGGUCGUGCCCGGGAAUGUCACUGCCGCGAGCAGCUUGCCUGGAUCAGAGAGCCCCGGCGCAACUGCUCCCGCAGGCCUCAGGGGCACGUCAGUCCGCAGACGGCCCAAUCCUCCGCCGAAGCGGAUCAAAAGACCCGAGAUCCUUCCCAAAGCACCACGGCCGACCCAAAUACCAAUGCCCACACAGCGAGCGCGGACUCCUCAGCCGCAGGCAAAGGUUACGAGCGCAUCUUUCAGGCCGCCGGCACCCCCCGUGCUCGCAAGCCAGUCAGUUGCCCUACAGACAGCCACCACGCAAGCCAUCGAGCCGGGACCACCUUACCAGCCAAGUUGGGACCAUCCCUCCGUCACGGUGGACAGCGCCUACAGUGUUCCAUACACCAGCCCACCCGACGUCUUUCCGCACCCGGCUAUGACACCGACGCAUUACGCACCCAUGCAUCCCGACCAGCUCGAAGUCCAAUCGUCGUAUCUCGCGCCUGAGCGGCCAGCCGAGCCCGUUAGAAGUGAAGCCCUGCAGCGCGACGUCGAUCCUCGACCGCAGUCAACAGCAACCAUCCACGCCAACCGACUGACCAUGUCGACGACCCCCCGGUCCUCGCUCGCCAGCCUGAGCUGGAUCCGCGAUGAGAACAGGGAUUCGAGCCAGACGCUGGUGGAAGCGCAUCCGCCCGGUAGAUGCGGCAACAUGUACUGUCCAAGCUGCAGCAAGACGCUCCCCGAUGAUAUGGUGGCGCAGCCGUCGCCCGUGGGCAUACACCCCGUCACCGGCGCCCCGCAUCACCAUCCGGCGUUCCACACGGCCGGAACCGGGCCUGGCGGGCCGUUUCAGACCUCGCCCAGCCCCGGGGAGGUGCACGGGUUCGCGGACCAAGUUGAAUGGUCGUUCCCCGCCUCGGGAGGAAUACAUGGCGCGGGGGGUAAUGAUAAUCUGUUCGGAGGAGGGCACCACGGUCCGCAGGAGGGUUACUAAUCGCAUGAGAUAGCAGAGGAGGCCGUUUUUGGAUAUCUUGUCAUUGUACACUAACAGAUACUUAGCCAGGCUUUCUUACUAAUGUAAUGCA